CACCCCAGUGGCAGCUACUUUAUAACGAAUAACAACAACAAAUACGCCAUAUACGAAAUGCCUGAGAAACGUGUAGUGCCUGUGAUUGGCUCUUUGGCUGACUUUGAAAGCAAAUUGCCUGGUUAUCUGAACUCAAACGCGCCCCUCGCCUUACUACUCGAUUACGAUGGCACUUUGGUGGCCCUCGCCAAUAAUCCGGCGAAUACACUUCUCACUGCGAAUAUGCGAAAAUUGCUGCACCAAUUGGCCGGACAUCCGAAGGUCUUCUUGGCGCUUAUCUCCGGACGCGGACUGCGUGAUGUGCAAUCAUGCUUGGGCAUACAAGGAAUCACUUACGCGGGCAAUCACGGCUUGGAAAUCGAGAGUGGCGAUGGUACACGUCACGACUAUGCACUGCCAGCUGAACUCCAGACGCGCUACACGACUAUCGUAAAAGAAUUGACGGAAAAGUUAGAAAAUAACGGUGCAUGGGUUGAGGAUAAGAAGGUAUCGCUAACCUUUCACUAUCGCCACGUGCCCGCCGAUUCGGCCGAACAUUACAGACAAGCGGCAAAGGCGAUAAUUGAGUCGCAUGGCUUCCGGGCAAAUCAAGCGCAUAUGGCGGUCGAGGCGAAGCCGCCAGUCAACUGGAACAAAGGUGAAGCGGCAUUGCUCAUUUUGAAAAAUCAAUUCGGUGAUGAUUGGGCUAAAAAUAUCAAAGUGAUAUUUGCCGGCGACGACAACACCGACGAGGAUGCCAUGCGGUUAUUGCAAGGCUCUGGCAUAUCUUUUCGUGUUUCAACCGAUCCUAAUAUUCAGACCUAUGCUGAUUUUCGCUUAGCGAGCCAAGGUGUGGUGGAGGAUUUGUUGACGUGGAUUAGCAUUACUUAUAACCAAUAAGACAGGCAUUAUAAAUACUUAUACAUAUACAUAUACUAUUGUAUAGUAUUUAUUACUGCUUCAUUGGUUCUGUAUACUUAGGGCGUCAUAAAAUGGUGCAUUUACGAAAUUUUCAAAUAUUUUUACAUAAAAUAUGUGCGUUUAAGGUGAUCAGUGAUAAUUAGCUCAAUAAAAAAAUUAGUGUGCAAAUAAAAUAUGAAUUUUUGACAAAAA